AUGUUGGGACACAAUCAAAAUGUCGCCUAUCAGAUCAACACCUAUUACAACGACAAAGUGCAAACGCGAAAAUCGAAAGUCAGCAAAACCGUCUACCGCGUCGCGAAAGUCGUUCAGGAGCUGCUGAAGGAGGUCGAAGCGCAAGAGCCGCGCUUCAUCUCCACCAUCGCCGAGACGAACGGCCGCUACGAGGGGAUCACCGUCCAUUCGCCGAAUGAGUACGAGGCGAUACUCUAUCUCAAUCAGAUGGGCGUGUUCAAUUUCGUCGACGACGGCUCGAUUCAAGGUUGCGCGGUGCUCAAACUCAGCGACGGCCGCAAACGCUCGAUGUCGCUGUGGGUCGAGUUCAUCACCGCCAGCGGCUAUUUGUCGGCGCGCAAAAUUCGCAAUCGAUUUCAGUCGAUCGUCUCGCAGGUCAUCGAGAAGCCGCCGUUUCGCGACUACUGCAAACUGCUCAACGACAACAGCGACGUUCGGCUGCGCGUCGACGACAAAAUCACCGUGCAGAUCACGUGCGCGUUUCGCUGCAACGGCAUCUGGCCGCGAUCGGCGAGCCAUUGGCCGAUGGCCGGUAGCGGAUGGCCGCCGGCGAUGUUGGCCAACGCGGUGAAAAGCGAGGGAUUCGAUUUGACGAGCCGCGAGACAUCGAUAACCCAACAGACGAAUCCAAACAAGCAGGCGAGCACGAUGGAAGCGGACGCGUGGGCGAUGCGAAUGUCGAGCGCCGAGAAUCUAUUGUUGACCGGCGGCCGUCGGAAGACGUUGAGCAUCCUCAAAUGCCUUCGCGACGCGCAUCUCGAUUUUCCCGGCACACCCGUCACCAAUUAUAUUCUCAAAACGUUGGUGUUGUACGAGUGCGAGAAGCACUGCUCCGAUUACGAUUGGGAGGCGGCGUGCAUCGGCGAUCGGCUAAUAGGCAUCCUCCUCCAACUGGUCAGCUGCCUUCAAUGCCGACGUUGCGCCCACUAUUUCCUUCCACAACUCGAUCUACUACGCGGCAAACCGUCGCACUCGAUCGAGCACAGCGCCCAACUCGCGUGGGGUCUCGUCAGGAAGCUCAUGAUCGAUCCGAUCGCCCUCGAAUCCCUAUAG